CAGUUCACAUUCUCUACUUCACGUUUCAUUGAAAAUUAAACCGCUAUUACUAUAAAGUAAAUUAUUAAACAUUUUAAAUAAAUAAAUAAAAUUUUUUUGUUAUUUGAAGCUACAAGAAACAGUGAAGAAAAUGGCUGAUAUUUCAACGGAAGAUUUGAAGACUGAAAUUAAUGCCAUACUGAAGACUGCAGAUCUUUCGGUCGUGUCGGUAAAGAAAGUGCGUGAGCAAGUGGAGAAGAAACUGAACUGUUCACUGUUAAGCCGUAAAAAGGAAUUCGAUUUUCUUGUUAUGGAUUUUAUAAAUCAGCAACAGGAAGACGAUGAACAAUCUUCAGAGGAAGAAGAAAAGGCAUCAUCCGAAGAUGAAGAAGAGGAAGAAGUUGAAAAGAAAUCGGCUAAAAAGCGUCCACAACCUACUCCACGUAAGGCAGCAGCAUCUAAACAAAAGAAGAAGCGAAAGUCUAUAAAUGAUUCCGAUUCGGGUUCUGAGUCGGAUGCUGGCUCAGACUCGGACUAUGAAAUGCCCAAAAAGAAGGGUCCCAAGAAGAAGGCGAGCGGCGGAGCUGGUGGUGGCGGCGGCGGUACUGGUCGUAAAUCAACUGGUUUCACGCGCCCAUACAACCUAUCGCCGGAACUAUCAGCCCUAUUGGGUGCAGAAGCGUUACCACGUCACGAAGUGGUGAAGAAAGUAUGGGCCAUCAUAAAAGAACGUAACUUAUAUGAUCCUAAAAAUAAACAAUUUGCCAUUUGCGAUGAUGAACUAAUGAAAGUUAUGAAGGUGAAGCGCUUCCGUACUUUCGGCAUGUUGAAGCAUUUGAAACCACAUUUUCUCGACUAAGCAACGUACGACAACAACUACAAAGGAGUGAGCGAAAAUAAUGAAGACCAACAAAUGAAUUCCUAGUUAUCGCUGUAUAGGAAUGACUAUAAAUAUAAUAUAUAGAUAUAUAUUUUAUUUACUUAAAAAUUAACAAACAAUUCACUCUUUAAAAUUGUAUGGAAUAUACUAUGCAAGUUUAUAAUAUUUAAGAACUUUUAUAACUUUUGUUUUGCUAUUUUGCUGAUAUUGAUUUUUAUAUAUGUAUAUCGACUGACUUCAUUAGUCGAAUGCAUUUUCACUAAUUAUUAAGUUAAUGUUUGUACGUCUUCAUUGAUUGUAAAACAUGCGUGCCGCGCUAGAAUGCAUGACAACAAAGUUAAAUUGAAAAUUUAUAUUAGAAAAACAAAAAAAAAAAACAAUAAUAAUAUUAGUAAUAUUUGUACGCCACAAUAACUAUGAAUAAUUUGAAUUUUAGAAGAUUCGUUCGAAAAUAUUCAUAUUUUGUUUAGUAAAUACGAGUAGGUGCAUGGUGGAAUCGUCCACGUAAUGUACGUUAAUAAAACGUUAACUGAGUAAGCCACUCAAUAAAUAUGUAUAUGUAUGUAUAAACGUAACAAUCUUGAAUAUUUGAAUACGUUUUAAUUUUUGCAAUAGUAAUAAACUUUGGAUUUAUAAACCAAUUGAAUUUGAAAUAAAGAAAGACGUUUUUGAUCGGA